GGAAAUCCCCGUGUCUGGUGAUCGUGGCGUAUUGCAACAGCGAACAAGUAGGAAGUAUUUCGCUUCCAUUAGAUUAAGAAGGAAUUUGCUGUACGGACAGACGUCUGCACACAAAGACAGACCAAAGUUCUGCAAUGGCAGCUAAAGAUUCUGAAGCCAAAUCUGGAUUUGCCGAUAACUGGCAGCGCGGGAAAUCUCUGAAAGAAUGUCUGCGUUAUUCACUGCAACAAAACUCUCACUGUGACGUCACGUUCCAGGUCGGGAAAGACAGGAAGUCCAUACCAGCUCACAGACUGAUAUUGACUCUUCGGAGUGGCGUGUUUGAAGCAAUGCUAACUGGACCGCUGGCAGAACAAGAGAAUAUCGCCUUGCCGGACAUAGAAUCAGACAUUUUCGAACAGUUCCUCAUUUCUGCAAUGGCAGCUAAAGAUUCUGAAGCCAAAUCUGGAUUUGCCGAUAACUGGCAGCGCGGGAAAUCUCUGAAAGAAUGUCUGCGUUAUUCACUGCAACAAAACUCUCACUGUGACGUCACGUUCCAGGUCGGGAAAGACAGGAAGUCCAUACCAGCUCACAGACUGAUAUUGACUCUUCGGAGUGGCGUGUUUGAAGCAAUGCUAACUGGACCGCUGGCAGAACAAGAGAAUAUCGCCUUGCCGGACAUAGAAUCAGACAUUUUCGAACAGUUCCUCAUUUUCCUAUAUACCGAUGACGUUAUACUUGAUUCAAAGAAUGCAAUUGGACUUUUGUAUUUAUCUAAAACAUAUGACGUAACGCCCCUGGAACAGAAGUGUCUGGCGUAUUUGGAGUCAUCGAUAUCGUCACAUAAUGCCUGCGUCGUGAUGGAACAGGCGCAUUUCUAUGACGAACACGACCUGAAGGUCAAGGCUGUGAAAUAUAUCUGUGAAAACGGCAACACAAUUCUAAAGUCGCCUGGAUUCUCUGAUCUGUGUCACUCGUGUGUUCUCGAGAUCACGGAAACAGACGAACUGGUCGCAUCUGAGGAGAAAGUAUUUGAAGCCGUGAACGCUUGGAGUGAGGCGGAAUGCAGACGACAAGGAAGGGAGAUAACCCCAGGUAACAAGAGGAGUGCACUCGGGAAGGCGUUGAUGAAUGUGAGGUAUUGUCUUCUUGGUCAGCAGUAUUUUGUGGAUAUCGUUUCACCAAAUAAUCUGCUGACAGAAAGCGAAGAUAUCACAAUCUUGAAAAACUUCGUCUCUCCCGAUAAAUCUGUUUUACCUUUCAAAAAGGAGCCCAGAUGCAGGACUGGAAAGACUAUUACUGCUAAACUGUUGGAAAACUUCAUUGAGAACAUGUAUACUCCUUAUUCUGGUGAUUACACAACUGUGUUUUGUGUUAAUCAAACCUGUGCUCUACAAGGCUUUAACAUCACGGAUGGAUCAUCUGGAUUCAGCGCCUUUGUGUGCGAUGAAGAUACUGGUGUCGCUGUAGGUGAGACAAGUGAUGGAAAGAGAACAGGCCGUCUUGUUGAGUUCCCAGAUCCAGUCAGGAUUGUCAAAGACAAGAAAUACAGUUUAGUUGUUAAGUGUCAUGGAGAACAUCAUUUUCAUCUUAGUAAAUUAAGCGACAUAGCAGAAGACGGAGACUUUGCCUGUCGCUUCUUGUAUAACACUCCAAGCGUUUAUCAUGUGGUGUCGAGCUUAGUCUUUCACGUUUAAUGUUCUUAAGUGUCAUGGAACAAAUUGGACUCUGUGCGGUGAAUUAAGCGACAUAGCAGAAGACGGAUACUUUGCCUGCCUCUUAAAUAACACUUCAAACGGUUCUCAUAAUCAGGCGGUACGGAGCUUAGUCUUUCAAGUUUAAUGUUGUUGUUGUACCCUCUUUACAACUUUAUCGUUGUGACAUCGAUACACAUAGCGAUGACCAAUUCACACACGUCACAUAAGCAUGACGGUGAGAAUAACAAAUAUAAAACAAACAACUAAACAAAGAAGAAGAACAAAACCUAGCACACACAAAUGUACCUUUUACACGUGUUGCAAAAUCACAAAACAAAAUGCAUGGAAAAUAUAUUUGUGCGAGUAAGUGGUCAUAAAAAAGGUUAUGUGAGACCCUACGAAUUUUAAUAUUGUUAACAUGUCUGAAUAAUCUAAUCAACUAAUUUUCUGUUUGUCAUCCUUAUCGUCUUGGCGAAUAUUCUACAAUGUUUUUUUUUUUUCAUAUAGUCAUGUUUUGUUUUUUCAAUUCACUAGAAAUAGUGUUACCUACGGACUGGGUGUAAGAUGAAAGAAAGAAAAAAAAAGAAGAAGAAGAGGAAGGAAAUUAAAAACACUAUCAAAGAAGAAGAAGGAAAAAACGGAUGGUAACACACACAUCUUUGAGAGCUGCAAGUCUUCAAUGCUACAAUACAUUUCCAGUCUCUCGGAUGAAAAACCUGGACAGAAUAUCGCCAAGAUCACUCGUCACCCCACAUGACAUCGAUGACUAACAUUGAGCUCCAGAGUGAGCCGAUACAUUAACAUUAUUACAUGACAAUAAUCACUUGUAUCGUUCCACACCUAGAUAUGUUUGCAAGGCCUAAACGGAAAUUGUAAAAAACAAAAAAACAAAGUGUUUUUGUUACCUUCGGACGUUCGAUUUGUUUCCUGUAGAUGUUAGCUUAUUUCUCUUAUGCAUUCAAAACAUCAGAACAAAAUAAUGCAUUGAGACAAUACAUACAUAUAUUACAUAGUAUAUUACACCGCGGUGGAAAAGAUGUCAAAAUGCAUUUCUGAAAUGAAAAGAAAAAAUAAGCAAACCGUAUACAUCUCUAAUAUCACUAAAUACUAUUUAAAAUGCUGAAUUAUAUAUAUAAAAACAAAACAAAAAAACAGCCAACCUAAUACUAUAUUUGAUCAUGUUUUCGUUUUAAAAUGUGUGUAUAGCUAUUUUUAAUUAUGUUUGUAUAUAUUCUGCGAAGAACUCCAGUUGUCAUCUUGUCACUGUAAAUACCCAUUGUACAAUAAUUCCUCAUAUGAUGUCGUUUGACGGUCUGAGUGUACCGAAACAAAGCUUCAAAGUUUCAUGUAGUAAUUUUAUUUGGGGAUGGAUUUGUUGUUAUUGGUGAUUAAAUAUGUAGGAAAUGA